AUGGAGACCAUCGUACUCCUUCGAUAUCCUCAGUAUACCUUAACACAACGGCUUAAUGAGCGCGGGCACCAGUUUUUGCAGAUUUCAAAAGGUGAUUUGGUUAUCAAUCUGGAGCACACUUUCUUGAACUUCACACUGACAUACGGUGAUAAGCCUGAGGACUGCCCCUAUCUGUGGAACCACAUGUUGGAGUAUGCUCGUAUGACAGCGCGAGUCUUCCACGGUGUGCGACUGGAUAACUGCCACAGCACACCCCUUCACGUGGCACAGGCUAUUCUCGACGCCUGCCGGGAGGUGCGACCCAGCAUCUACGUCAUUGGCGAGGUCUUUACUAAUGACGAAAAGACUGACAACCUCAUUCUCAACAACUUGGGCAUUUGCUCCCUUAUCCGCGAAGCCCUCUCUGCUCACGAUUGCCACGACGAAGGUCGACUGGUGCACUACUUUGGGGGUCACCAUCCUGCCGGCGGUUUUCCCCACGCUGUACUAAAGCGUCGUCUCCUGCCUACGGUGGCCCAUGCCCUCUUCUACGAUCAGACGCAUGAUAACCCCGCUCCCGCUGUCAAGCGCACGAUCUUCGAUCACCUCCCCUCUUCCGCGCUAGUCGCCAUGGCGGCCUGUUCCUCUGCCUCCACACGUGGCUACGAUGAGUUGGUGCCUUAUCAGAUCGAUGUUGUCUCGGAGAAGAGAUUCUAUGCAAGAUGGGACAAGGAUAUAAACGCCUCCACUGGCAUGAUUCGGGCCAAGGCGGCGCUCAAUCGUCUGCAUCGGUGGAUGGCUGCUAACAACUUCAAUGAGACCUUCGUGGAUCAAGUGGAUACGAAUGUGAUCGCCGUGACACGUUUCUCAGCCGAUACCGCGGAGUCUAUUGUCAUGGUAUCACACUCAUGCUUCUACGAUCGCAGUCCACAUCCGGCACAUCAUCCUUUCCGUAAAAUAAUGCUCAACGGUCGGGUUCGACGCAUCCUCAUUGAAGCCCGCACUAAGAAUCACUCUUUGGGCAAUCCUAUGGAUGAUUUCAAGUGGAACGAGUGUUACAUCAAUGGACUAACCAACAUCUCCGUUGAGGUGAAGGAGGAUAUGGAGGUGUCAAAGAGCAAGAUGUUCAAGGUGGUUCAUGUAGAAGAGAAUGGUGGGACGGAUGCUCUGGAAUUCUACGACUUUCCACCCGGUUGCAUCGUCGCUGUGAGCGUCUGUCUCAACGAUGUUCAAUCCGAAGCUUUAAGUCGUGUUCGUGGAACUCUCCUGCAUCAGUUCGGCCGGCGAUUGCGCACCCUGGAUGCACGCAAGGUCUCUCUCCCCGCAAACACCGUUGCUAUCGCCGAUGCACUACUUCCUCUCUACCCCGACUCUGUGGAGCACGGUCUGAUCAAACGUCUGAUUAACGAUCUCUCCCUUACCGACAUUAACUGGCUCCUCUACCGUUGUGAGCGCGAGGAAAAUGUGCCAGGGCUUCACCGUACUCCUUACUACGUUCCACGUUACGGUGACCUGGUGUUCUGUGGUCUGCAGGGCAUUGUUUCGGUGAUGCGCAACGUGGCGCAGCAUAACGAUCUGGGUCACCCAGUGUGCCAUCAUCUGCGCGAGGGUCUGUGGCUCCUGGACUACCUCUAUCAGCGAAUCAGUGCGCAGGACCCUUCGCGACCCUCAAAACAAUUGGAUGCUUUGUCGAGGGCGCUGAAGCAACUCUUUCAGCCUAUCUAUGAUCUGCCGAAAUACCUGAUACCGGCAAACUUUGGCAUGCUGGUUGGGUGUCUCUAUCAGACUGUCAUGGAGGAGAUAGCCAUGCGCCUGGGCAAGUGGACAGAGCUGGGUUCUUCAACAGUACGUAACCUGGUGACUGCUAGCCUUCAGCUAUAUGGUAAGGCACCGAACGUGCGUCUGCCACCAGUGCUGCCAGCGCCUUCGUUGAGUGGACGUGAUGAUGACCCUGACCGCUACAUUUCUAGCCUAGCUGCGGGUCUGCCUCACUUCGCCGAGGGCAUGUGGCGUAACUGGGGUCGGGACACAUUCAUUGCUCUGCGCGGGUGUCUCAUUCUCACUGAUCGAUUCGAGGCGCGUUCUAACGCAAUCCUUCAAUUCGCUUCUCUCUUACGCCACGGUCUCAUCCCCAACCUCAUGGGUGAUGGACAGUGCGUCCCACCACGCUACAAUGCGCGCGACGCCGUCUGGUUCUGGCUCUACUCUAUUUGUUGCUUCGAGGACGGAGUGGCAGCUAGCGAAGGCCUAGCACCCGGCUGUGGCGGUGCGAAGAAAUCCAUACUUUCGCGCCCCGUUUUCCGCUGGUUCAUCUCUGACACCACUCCAGGCUGGCCAGAUGAGCGCGAUUCGGUGAAUAUGGCCAAUCCACCAGCCGACCGUGUAAUGCCGUUGUAUGAUGUUAUGCAGGAGGCACUGCAACGUCAUGUCACGGGAAUUGAGUUUAGAGAGAGGACUGCUGGAUUUGCGCUUGACUGUCAGAUGGUCACUGAGGGAUUCAACGUAAAAGCCUACAUCCAAGAGGAUACUGGCUUUGUAUGCGGCGGUAACCGUCACAACUGUGGUACGUGGAUGGACAAGAUGGGAAGCUCCGAUAAGGCCGGCAACCGAGGCAAGCCGGCAACACCGCGUGAUGGUUGCGCGGUUGAGUUGACGGGGCUGGCCUACGCGGUGCUCAAGUGGUUGGAGCGGGCACACAGCAUGGGUGGCAGCACUUACUACCCGCACGAUGGUGUCGACGCUCCACCGCACGCCACCACUGCUACGCCACGAUGGAGCUGGGCCGACUGGGCUGCCAAGAUUAAAAACAACUUUGAGACCCGGUUCUGGCUGCCUGAGAGGAACAAGGAGGGGGACACCUGUGGGCAGAUCGAUAUUCACCAAGGUUACUACCGUGAUAUCUGUGAUUGCUCAAAUCCCAAUGCAGAGCUACAGCUGAGACCGAAUUUCCUAGUGGCCAUGACUGUGGCGCCAGAUAUAUUCGACGUGCGAAACGCUUGGAAGGCUUUGGAAAUAACGAAGAAGCAGCUGUUGGGUCCCCUGGGUAUGAAGACGCUGGAUCCGCGCGACAAAGAUUACCGCUGCACCUACAACAACAGUGAUGACAGCUACGACUACUCUAUUGCGCAUGGAUUCAACUAUCAUCAAGGACCCGAAUGGCUCUGGCCGACGGGCUACUACAUCCGUGCCAGACUGAUCAUGGCCCGACGUCUGGCAGACCUAGAUCCCUCCUUAGCUUCGGUUCGAGCUCAGGCCGUGCGUGAGAGUCAGGAGAUUCUGCUGCGUUUCAACAACCAUAUCCGAGCCUCACCAUGGAGGUCACUGCCUGAGUUAACGCAGGUCAAUGGUGAGUUCUGUCCGGGCAGCUGUGCUUCGCAGGCGUGGAGCGUCGGUACAGCAAUUGAGGCCAUCUACGACCUCCUCGAGACCAACGCCCCUGAACUGAGCAAUCCACCUCAUGGAAAGAGUGUGGUCUUGAAAGGUCAGCAAUCAAGUGAGGCGGGGAGCGUGGUGCUUUCUACACCGCAAGUCUAUGUGGGUGGACCGCGCGUUACCGACCCUGCGCUCUUUGCUGUGGGCAGUCAAGGCGCGGCAUCAGUUCGGGUGGCUGUCUACAAUGACCAAUACAUAUUCGCCUAUUUACCCACCCUUGCCACCUCGCUCUAUUUAGAUGACAUUGCCCUGUACGCGCCUUUAUGA